UAAAAGCGUGUUCUGUAAGGGCAAUGCGAGAUAACUCAGCACAUGUAAGGCAAAACGCAAGACUACUUAGUUUCCGAACAGGCAUUUACUCCGAUGUUAUGUUAGGACGUUUGCUUCUUCAAUCCGCCCAUUUCGUUCAAUACUGUCCUUUAGCGACGUUGUGAAUAUCGGCGGAUUUGAAAACUCGAAUUUAACUGUGUUUAGUUGGAUUUCAGUAAGUCUGUGAACUAUGACCGAUUCGUUCAGGGCUGAGUUCUUUCAGCGUAGUCCGGUGCUUUCACCUACAACUUUAAAACCAGUUUGGGGAGACUGCCUUGUGUGCGGAGACCGUGGGACCGGGAAACAUUAUGGCAUUGUAGCUUGUGAAGGAUGUAAGGGCUUUUUCAAGAGAAGCGUGAGGAAAAAUUUAAAUUACAGUUGUCAAGGGAAUGGCGCCUGUCCAGUAGAUAAAAUUCACCGAAAUAGGUGCCAGAGAUGUCGCCUGAACAAAUGCCUCACCAUGGGUAUGAAGAAAGAAGCUGUGCAAUGUGAAAGAAAACCACUUAUAAAGUCUGCAGAGGACAGUAGUGGGGAAAACCACACAAGAAGUGCAAGUUUGUCUCCUACAAAUCAAUCAAUGCAUUCAGUUUUUCUGGAAAAGACAGAAUCACCAUGUUUUACACCAAACAGCCCAUUGGCCUCAUCACCAGUGAAUGGCACACCUCAAAUGUCUCUCUCUCAAUUCCUCUCAUCAGAUCAGAAUGACUGCAUUCUAAAUCCUGAACAUCUUCAAUUUAAAUUGAAUCCUCCAACAUUGGGUGUUUCUACAUUAUCUAUGGAGUAUGUUUAUGAAAUAGCCACUCGUCUCCUAUUCCUGACAGUCGAUUGGGCACGUAGCAUACAAGCCUUUCGCAGUCUUGAUAAUAAUGAUCAACUUGUGUUACUACAAAGUACUUGGUCAGAUCUUUUUAUGCUGGGUGUUGCACAGUGUUCAAGUUCUUUUCCCUUGUCACCAUUAUUGACACUUGCUGCUUCACACAUGGAACAAAGUGAAGGAGGUGGAGAUCGAAAGUCUCCUGUGCAAACUAAAGAACCAAACAUGGUUGAGAAGAUAAUGAGUGUAAAAGACCUCUUGUUUAGUCUUGAAAAGCUUGAGUUGGAUUCUGUGGAGUAUGCAUUCCUGAAGACAAUAGUACUUUUCAAUGCAGACUGUUCAAGUUUAAAAAAUCCUAAACAAGUUGAAAGACUUCAAGAAAAGGCUCAUUGCGCCCUUAAACUUUAUGUUGAAAAACAGCGCCCAAGCAAUCCUGAACGGUUUGCAAAGAUACUUUUACGGCUGCCAGCUACUCGGGUUCUCACGCAGCGAGCUGCAGAGGAAUUGUUCUUCUCGCCGUUGAUUGGAACGGUCAGAAUCGAGAGUAUAAUGAACAAUAUCAUCUCAAACUCUUUGACGUUUUAACAUUAGAUUCGUUCGCCAAUAUUAUACAUAAAAUUUUGAAUUUCACAUUACUAUUUCUCAAAUACGCUACCUUAAAUAGGGCUGUUCCAUGACAGACCCUGGAUGCUACAGGCGACAAACAGUUGUCUUUUGUCUUUUGGUAUAAAUUUAAUUUUAUGAGAGCUUCUAAGUGCCGGGCACCUCGGAUUUCUGGUUUUAGAGUCUUCUCGUUUCCGUUGAUUGAUUCUUCUGAAGGGUAUAGGUUUGUGAACUUAGGCGCGUUCCUAUUUGAUGUUCUUUCUAAAGGAGGGUAAGUCGCUUCGCUUAGGGAAAUUUUGCAUACCAGUUAUAGACAACAAAAAACAGUGGCUCAACAAACCGAAACAGAAAUCCUGGAGGGAUAUGGAUUACUGGCAGAUGCAUGCAAAAUUUUUGGAAUUGAUGUCGACUUGUGUGAAAGUGUCACCGAUCGUCCCUUCUUCUAGUGCUCGUAAGUUGUCUUUGUCACCGAAACUGUUGCCUCUAGAGGGUAAGCGCUAAUCCUGAAAAAAACAAAACAAAACAAAACAGAAAACAAGACGAAGAAAAUCAAAAACGAAGGGUGGAUUAUGUCGUACUUCUUGUUUCUUCAAUGCACUUUUUCAAGCCCAUUAGAUUCUUUUCUACAGCGCUCUUGCAACAUUCUUUGUUAAGAAUUUUGAAGUGCUAAAUGAACGUGUUAGGGUCUAUAGAACGAUGGUUCUCUAUGUAUAUAUUGUGUACCUGAGUCGAUUUCGAGUUUACAUGGGAACGUUUAAUGAGAGAGAGAUUACUUUUUGGCAAACUCCCGAUCACAUCCCAGAUGAGGGUGAUUUUCGAGCUUAAUUUUCAAUCAAAAUUGAAAUUAAGAAAAUCGGAAAGAACUAUCAUCGACGGUAAAUUACAGUUUGGUUUUCAAUUUUGCAAUUCAUUGCCUAAUUGCCCCAAUUUAGCCCAAUAUUUAAUAUUUAAAUAUAUGGAAGUAGCUAGUUACUAUCGACGUCAUAAUGAGCUAAAACCCAAAUCAAUCUCUAUCUUUUCUUUCGGCCGAAAGAAAUAGGUAGGCUUAAUCAUAUUAAGAAAAAUUCAGACAAAGCUUUAUUUAUUAUGUUUAGGAUCGUGAGAAUAAUUUUAAAUUUAAGUACAAUGAAAUACCCGGUGCGUUGCGAUAUUCUUAAUCACGUAUUUCCUUUAGAAAUGAAUCAGCUUUUGUCUCCUGCCGGGGCAACUCCUUAACUCCGUUUAGCUGGGUUUUAGUGGAUUACAGUGUCAUUUGAGAAUCUUUUAAGUCAUAGCCCCCUCUUUAGAAGACAUGGGAAAAAAAAAGAGUAGAGCAAAAUAAUGAUAUUCCGCUUAAUUAAGAGUUGUACAGCUUGGUAUUACUGAUAGAGUAGUAAAAAAAAAAUAAUUCUGUUAUUAUAAUUUUUAUAUAUUUAUUCGAUAUAUCAGAUGAAUUUAGUCAGCUAUAUAUAUUGUGGAUGCCUUAUAAAAAGUGUAGUUUCCGAAAUCCAACGCUGUAAAAUGUUGUUUCUAAAAUAUUUUAAGUUAAGAAAAUAAGACGUUGUGUUCCAAUUUAAAAGCAUUUCCCCACAUUUUUAAACUUGAAACAGUUCGAUGUAAUUAGUUAUCAGUUAAACGCCGAAAGCGUGAUGUCAUGUGUGCGACAUAACCUCUGUAGUUCUUAAAUGUCUUAAUAUUCUGUUCUAAGUUGAAGAAAUAUUUUUUGUAGGUCCACCUAAUCUCGGAGUCGAUAUUUAGAGAGGAUCGAAAGUUUUCUAAGUUUUCUUCCAGAGAGCAAGGAUUCACUAUUACUCCUAUUGCUUACAGUUAACUGAUGCAGCCACGGUUCAGUGUUAACUGUAAGAACUACAGACUAUUAAAAAUAUUGGCUGAAUGA